AUGUUCUCGUGUAGUGGCUACCUUCGAUCGGUGACGGAAGGCAUGAUGAGUUCUCUACAAGGUCCAGUUGUUUGCCCUUCUGUUCAAAGGAAGCAAGGAGGGAUUCAUCCAAUUCCUGCCAUUAAUUCGAGUGUGACAAAGGCUAAAGGUCUUAGAAGUGGGAUGUGGGGAUUCAGAGGUGUUUACAGUCAUCGGAUUCAUAUCCAUAAUCAAUCAAGAUCAAAGACCAAUUCCAUUACAUGCACUUUCAGUUCAUCCUCAAAUGGCAAUGGUAGCAUGGCAGAGAGUUUCAAUGAGAAUGACUCUGAUUAUGUUGAUUCCAGUGUAGUUGAAGCUGUUGAGGUGAAAAGUGGGCCAGAGGGGUUUAUGAUUAAGAUGAGGGAUGGGAGGCAUCUAAGAUGUGCUCAUAACAAUCCUCAAGGUGGCCAUGUGCCUGAUUAUGCUCCACAUCCUGCUAUUGUAUUGAAGAUGGAAGAUGGAACAGGGAUUUUACUUCCAAUUAUUGUUUUGGAGAUGCCAAGUGUAUUGCUCAUGGCUGCAAUCCGCAAUGAACAAAUUGCUAGGCCAACUAUGUAUCAAGUGGUGCAGGAAAUGGUUGAUAAAAUGGGAUAUAAAGUGAAGCUUGUUCGAGUAACCAAGAGAAUACAAGAGGCGUAUUUUGCUCGGUUAUAUCUCACAAAGGUGGAUGAUGAAACAGAUUGUCUUAGCUUUGACCUUCGUCCAUCAGAUGCCAUCAAUAUUGCUGUGAGGUGCAAGGUGCCAAUUCAGGUGAACAAGUUCUUGGCAUAUAGUGAUGGGAUGAAGAUUGUUGAAUCUGCAAAACCUUCAUUUCAUGGAUCUUCUUCUUCAGAUGGCUUGAUAUUUAAAGAACUCGAUAGACCAAGUGAGAUGCUGCGCAAUGGAGGGAUAAGCUCACGAAACUUCGAUCCAAGAGGAACUGGGCAUAACAGGAGGAUGUGAUGUGUGUACAUAAUUGGUCUGUUGUGUUGGUGUCUCAAGUAAUUAUGACGGGGGUUUGUUUAGUUGAAAAUAUGUAUGUGUAUGAAACAUUGUAAAUAUGUGGUUAUGUCGUAGGGGGCUAUGCACUUUUAUGGACGUUUAUGUUUCAUGUUUUGUUGAUGAUGCAUAUUUGCAUGGUUUCGACAUAUCAUUUUAAGAAAUGAAAUUUACACCAACCAAUUUAGUCGGUUAGUUUUUUUUUUUUGGCAUUCUCUGAGUUAUUUAAGAAUAAGCUAUUCUGAGGUCUGAAUAAUUCAGUAAAUAAGCUAUUCUGG